GGCGGGAAUAAAUUAUUGCUUCAUCCUUCCUUCCGGUGUUUUUACUCUAUUUUGCCCGUGUAAUAAAAAAGUAUGAAAUUUAAAUAGAAAACUAAUUGGUUCAAAAUGACGUUCCGGUUAAACCAUGUGAUGGAAAUUGAAGAGGUGGUUGAACCACUUGAUCCAAUUGAUGAAGCAGCGUGUAACAGAAUAUUAGAAUUAUUCGGCACUCCUUAUCCACAACUGACCAGACCACAAAUUUUGAUGUUGGACAGAAUUUUGGAGGCCGCUAAAACGGCCCAACUUCCUUACACGCACGUAUUCCAACCUCAAGAUGUUUUAUAUGAUGACACAAUGGAUGUCGAUGAUGAUAUACCUUUACUCAAUAUUAUUAAUCCUGAAUGCGUCCCACUACCGAAUUUAGCUCCGUACAUACAUCCUGUGAAGCUACAGAAAGCUACCGGACACACCGUGCCUGACUCAGUAGCUGAUCAGAUGAGGACUAUCUGGAACAAUUAUUUCAAUGCGCGAGGGGAUGACCAAGACCACAUAUGGUCUUGGUCAAACUGAUGUUUUAGAAUUUGUUGCAUUUAUCAACGGUGUCGUGGAUGAUCCUUUAUUGGGAAUACCUUUGGUCAAUUUGAUGGGAAAUGAGUGUCAUGUUCGGUAUAGCCACAAGCAGCAAUGUUUUUAUCGUUACUCUGCAUAUUGCAGUAGAAUGUGCAUGACAACAAGUUGUUUCAGAACAGAAGCCAAAGUUAUCUCCGUUGGUUUUCCAAACUGUUCACAACAUUAUAAUACAAAUGUCCACGUAGUAUUGGAGAUAACGCGUGGCAGUGAUGAUGAAGACGAAGAAUAUGAUUACAACCAUCCAAUUCGACACGUACUGUUCCAACUUUCGGUGGAUGGCAAUUGGAGUGAUGUACAAAUGAGAACAUAUUUACAAAAUGUGUGGCUUGAUCGCAAAUCGACAUACACCCCUAAUGUUCCAUCCAUCGUCACAGAAGCAUGGAUUUUCAAUAAUCACCAGUCAGCAGUGCACAAAAUUGCAUCUCUUCAGUUCUGUCAUCUUCUCCUGGCGUUGAAUGAUUCCACCUACGAGUAUAUACCGGAUAAUAUCACACUCCCCGUAAAUCUGCAGAACGAAGUUGGACCAAUUCUCGACUCUUUGGGUAUAAUAAUUAGUUUACAAGGAACCGUAUCAGAUGAAGAACUGGAGUCAGUCGGUCUCUCUGACUUAUUCGGGAUGCCUUUUGAAGAAGAGUUACUUAAAGAAUCCAAAAUUGUGUUAUAUCGUGAAUGCAAUAAUCACUUUGAAUAUAGAGGAGUAACCACAGAUUGGACAAAGAAGCAAUGGGCAACGAAGCAUGCUUCCAAAACCCUUCUUUUUGCAUGCAAGGAUCGUGGGCAGCAGUUCGCCUUAGAACCACGACGGAUAUUAUAUGACAAAACAGAUAUGGAAAAGACCGAAUUAUUAACCAUUCUUGGAUCAUUUAUAGUUAGUUAUUUGCAUGCCCCCAGACCAGACAACAAACAAGAUUUUGUUAACGUUAAUUGUAGAGUAGACAGUAGAUUUUUAGUUAAUAGACGACCAAUUAGUGUAAUGCAGGAUACUGCUCUUGAGGAGUACGAAGAUCGAGAGACGGACGACGAGGAUUGCAGUUAUGAGGACGAAGGACAAAUUUAUGAUUCACAACAUUUGACCAAUUUAGAGCUUUUGAUGCAAUGGAUAGCACAUGAGUAUCGUCUAAAGGUUGUUAUUACUGUGAAUCCAGGAGGGAUUGAGGAGGAACAAUAGUUGUUAAAUUUAUUUACAUAAUAAUGACCUCAAAUAAAUAAUAUAGUAAUACAUA